AUGGCUUCUGAAUCCAAAGAAGUAGAGACUGAUCUGUCUCCAUUCAUCAAGGUUUACAAAGAUGGAACUGUGGAGAGAAUCUACAGCCCCCCAUAUGUUCCUCCUUGUCUUGAUGAUCCCAUCACUAGUGUCUCCUCAAAGGACAUCAAAGUUUCAUCUGAAGUUUCAGCUAGACUUUACCUUCCGAAAAUCACCCAUCCCAGCACGGAAAAGCUUCCGAUUUUAGUCUACUUCCACGGUGGUGGCUUCUGCCUGGAUUCAGCCUUUGCUUCUUUCCACCAUUCUUAUCUCAAUCUGUUGAUCUCCAAGGCCAACGCGGUGACAAUCUCGGUCGAGUACAGGCUCGCCCCAGAACACCCUUUACCCGCAGUUUACGAAGAUAGCUGGGCUGCCCUUCAAUGGGUUGCCUCAAAUUCUGUUGCGGAUUCUGAAAUUGAAGGUAAUAUUAACAGAGAGCCAUGGCUGAUAAAUUAUGGUGAUUUUGGUAAAGUUUACUUAGGGGGUGAUAGUGCUGGUGGGAAUAUUGUGCAUAAUAUGGCCCUGAGAACAGGGGUUGAGAACUUAAUUGGUGGGGUGAAAAUCUUGGGUGCAUUUUUAUCAUUUCCAUACUUUCUGGAUCCAAAAACUCAGAAAGGAAAUGAUGACAGAGAAACUUUGGUCAAUAAGAUGUGGAUGUUGGUUUAUCCUUCUGCUCCAGGCGGGAUUAACAAUCCAUUCAUCAACCCAUUUGCUGAUGAUGCACCAGAUUUAUCUAGGAUUGGAGUUCAGAAGGUGUUUGUUUGUACUGCUGAGAAGGAUACUCUGAGAGAGAACAGUCUUCAUUAUGUUGAAGAAUUGAAGAAAAGUGAUUGGAAAGGCGAAGUGGAACUGGUUGAUGUCGAAGGAGAAGAUCAUUGCUUUCAUGCCUUGCGACUUGAUUCUGAGAAAUCUCAGAGCCUUUUGAACAGUUUGGCUUCCUUCAUCAUAAACUAA